CCUGAGGCCCGCAACACUACAACAACCCCCCACCCCACUCCCUGUGAACCAUCUGCCAUUGAGAUCUAUGAGCUCUUCUUAAAGACUGUUCCAUCUGAUGAGUACCAUGCGUUAGGAAACGUUUACAGAAAGACAUGCAAAGCAGAAACCGAACAAUACUGGAUGCUCAUCGUUGUCCUUAUGUUCAUUCAGCCCCGUCCACCGGUAAACUCCAGGUUAUGUGAAAUUAAACUUAGCUCAGGACAUUCUUUAAUAGAUACCAAACUGUAAAUAAGACAAAUGAAUUGCGUAGUUUGAUCAGUUUUAUAUGAGGAUACGUUUAAAGUAGUGAAUAAAAUGUAUAAUAAUAUUAUGUAUGUUAUGUGUUGACCAUUUUUUUCAUGUUGUUCAUUCUUCAUGUAUUAAACCGCCAAGGGUAUAAGACCUGCAAAGCUGCUUCAGUAUGAUGAUUCAGUAUGAACUCCUGUUAAAUAAAGAGGUAAAAGUUGUGUUUAGAUACUGUGUGUGCGUGCGUGCAUGUGAGUGAGAUUCAAGGAAAUUAUAUGCGGUUUUUUAAGCUGUCAUCACUCCAUAACUAAUUCCCCACGCCCACCUUGAUGGGCGUGGGGAACUAGGUACACAAAACGCCAGGGUUGAAAAUGUUUGCUCAACAGCGUCAACCAGGACACCGUGAUGGCAUCUCGCGCCGUAAGAAGGAUUGUCGCAGUGCUGAUAAUCCUCACCAUAAGCAAAUGCUUGUACAUGCGACUACAGCAUUCGAAGAAGGCCGGCAUCCAACAAUUUGGGGAGGCAAAAGAUAAGGGAUUCCUACUGACGGAAGAGGAAGCCCCAAAGUCGACCCUGGAUGACGAUGAAGAGUUGACCACUAUCGAAAAGGCAGAGUUGGUCACUAAAAACGCUGUACAGUUGACCACUGAAGACAUUGACGAGGGGACAUCUGAUGGGAAUGAAACCUGGUUGAUUCAACACACGCCUACAAAGAGGUCUGUAGGCCCGGACUCUGAGACGCUCAUGCCUCUCCUCCAGAAGAAAGACUUUCGGAAGUUGCCCCAAUGGGACUUUGAAGAUGUAUACUCAAGGAGUGACCAGCCAAGACAGAUGACAUGUUCCCUUUCUCUGCGGAUGUCUGAAGAUGCAAACUUCACCAAGAACUUUAUUCCAAACAUCAACUUGUUCAUGUACAACAGGAGCGUCACUGUGAGGGAGUGGAACAGGCUCUCCCACUUUAACAACCCCUUUGGUUUCAUGGGCUACGAUUACAGAGAGGUUGUAGCUGCAUUGCGACAUAUCCCAAAACCACAGGAACCAAUGCUUGUUGCCAGGGGAGACGGGGUAGGCUGUGUGUCCUGUGCUGUAGUGGGCACAGCUGGAAUCCUCAGUGGUUCAGGAAUGGGGAAGGAGAUUGAUGGCCAUGACUAUGUGUUCCGGAUGAAUGGUGCUAUCACCAAGGGUUACGAGGAGGAUGUAGGAAACAAGACCUCUGUGUACCUCCACACUGCCUACUCCCUCACUUCAGCUCUGUCGUACUACAAGAAACACGGUUUACCAAGAUUCGCCCGUGAUGAGGGUAUCAAGUAUGUGAUGAUUCCGAGUGGGUAUCGGGAUUUCCAGUGGCUGCAGGCCCUGUUCACUGGGAAAUUAGUCUCAGCGGGCCCCUUCAAGCACUUGCGGCCAACGCAGUACUAUACCGAGAAGUUGGACAAUAAACACUUCUACCUUCUUCAUCCCGAUUUCCUGAGAUAUUUGAGGAACAGAUUUCUGAGGUCUCCAGGUCUCAAUUAUGAAUUCUGGGCUGUAGUUAAACCUACAAAUGGAGCAGUGGCUCUUUUCCUGGCUCUGCACACCUGUGAUGUGGUGAAUGCGUAUGGCUUCAUCACAGAAGACUACCAAAAAUACCCUUACACUUAUUACAAGGGAACUGUUCGAAAGAUGAUUUUCUAUUUCACCCAUGACUUCAUUACGGAAAUGAAUGCGUGGAAGAACUUGCACAAUGCCGGAAUUAUCAAUCUUUACCAACGGAGGGAACCAUAAUAAGGGUGUUUUAACUGGAUUCUGGAAGAGGAGCCAUUUGGUCAGACUUUACAAUUUAGACCUGGCCUGUCAACCUGGUGUUGGUAACCAAAUCGUACGAUUUUGCAAUGCAUGCAUAAGACGUAUGUAUCUUAUAAUGAAUGCAUAUGUACAUGUGUCUUAUAAUGCAGAAAUAUGAUGCAUGUACAGUAAAGGGGCUAUUGUAUUAGGCUGUAUGGGACAAAAAAGGCCUAUACAGCCAUGAUUUGGGUACAAGAAAUGUGUAAGUCGGAAGCCAAUCUUGACGUAGACAGUGAUUUGAGCUUGGGUAUGAAACGGUUAGGUGUAACUUUGAUUAGUAAGAAGUACAGUUGUCAUGGCUUAGUGUUGUCUGGAUUCCCGUAAAAAAAUAAAUAAUUGAGAAAUGACGGGUCGCAGGCAUUGUGUGAUUCUGUAACUAUUUCGCAAACCUUUUAAAUUAUCUUUGAUGGUUUGGUCAUCGCAAAUGUAGUUCAAUUGUUGUGACUUGAGUGAACGAGGCAUCUAGUAAGAUAGGCCUACAGUUUGGCUUACAUAAAAAAAUGUAGACCUUAUCACAAAUGGGCCUUCGGCGACUAGAAGACCACACAAUGAUCGUGUGCUAAAUUGUAUCGAUGUUGUUGCCUUAUUUUCUCUAAGAAUAGCAAACAUGUUUGAAUGCACAAAUAUGUUGCUAAAUCGAUCUUCCUAUGCCUGGGCGUUCUCUGAAUUGCAUUUGGUGGUCAGAGUUGGGGAAAGAACAAGAGAGUAACAUGUGCUCCCAUCAUACCUUGCAGGCAAAAUUAAAUAACAUUAUUUAUGUCUGAUGCAAGGAUUAUUGCCGUUUUUUCCUGGUUAUAUUCUUUCAUGCAUCUUCAUGUUUGGGUUUUUCUGUGAAUUCCAAUCUGAACUUCAGUAAACCACGAUGUAGAGAUGUAUCGCGGAGAACAUGGUUCGUGCUGAGGCUCUUUGCCUUCAGUACACUCUCGUUUCACUUCAGAUCGCAUAAAUCUUUCGCCUUUUACUAAAGAUUUCCGUGGAGUGGAACAUUUUGAGUAUUCAUCAAUUUUUUGAUGCCCUGCUUUACGGCGGGGUUUCCUGAAUUGUCAAAUAAUAAUUAUUGCUCCAACCAAAUACCACUCAUAGUUAGACUACAUAUGCCUCAAAUCAGUAUUAGUUCUCUGGACGUUACCACCAAUAAUUAAUUAGGGUCUAGCAUUGAUCAAACAGAUAGAAUGCUAUGAGUUCUGUCGUUCGUAUACCUUGUCAACAUGUCACACGUCUUCUGAGUUACGACUCUGCAUUUUCCAAUUCCACUAUGGACAAGAGUAAAACAAUAUGACUAUGUAAGCCUACAAACAUGACGUAGAGGUGUAUAUCGGCAAUCCUAGUAGGUAGGUCCCUCGACCGCAAUCGGUCAGUAUACUAUUUUUUCACCUCAGAGCGCAUAAAUCUUUCGACUUUUACUAAAGAUUUCCGGGGAGUGGAAUACGGGAGAAAAAUACGGGAGUAUUCUCGUAUUUUUUGCAGGGCUUCCUCGUAUUGCAUUGCAGGGCUUCCUACACUUUCAAAUAACAAACCUUACACUUAUAAAUAGCACUCACCUAUUUGGUAUACACAUUGAUUA